AUGGCUAGGCACAUCAGCAGUCUUACCACUUUCCUGGACCAGUAUGAGCACGGAUUUUCUGAUGAAGACUUGAGCAGAAGACUGAACCGUACGGCUAUCUUACUGCGCAAUCCACCAUACCAUGCGACAGCUGCUCAACCAACGAGAAGUCGGCAUCAAUCAGCCCAGAAGUUUCUUUUCAACAUACGAAAGGAUUUCGGGGAUCCGGUCUAUUAUCUCUGUUUAUUUGUAUCCACCAUAACUACACUCUCCACUGAGCGACAGCAGUUCAACGACGCUUUAGCGCAAUGGCCUGGUAAAGGCAAGAUUCCACCUGCUUUUACAGAACAAGCCCGAGCGAUAGUCGAGAGGUAUCGUGCAGAAAAGCGAGAAGAAGAAGAGCGGCCCUCUCAUACGUCCCUUCGGAAACGUUCUCUGUCAACACCCCGUUCAACCCAAGAAAGCUCGGCCAAGGACUCUGGAAACGCAUUCAAACGAGCCAGGCUAAAGGGAGGGCCCAAGGACUUGAUGUCAGUCGGAAGCAUGGUCGUGCACUCUGAGCCAGGCGAAAUGAAUGACGGUACCUCGCGGCCCGGCAGCGAGUUCAACACCAGGUACCGAGCAUCGUCAGAAAUUCGGAAUGAGUGCAGCAUGACUUAUCAGGACCUUUACAUCAAUGCCCGGAGCAUUGUGGCUUCUCAGCUGGCCACUAGAAAUCGUCAGGUCUCUCACAGACCCGAGAUCGAGGCUGCUGGGCGCGAGGUUGGACCAGAUCAUCAAGCUGGUGGCAAAACUAACGUACGAUGUGCCGAGAGUGAUGACAGUGAAGACGAAGAGGAUCUCCCAGCUUCAGCACCAGUCAAUCCGAUCAAUUCCGUCGAUACAUUCCAAUCACAAGACGGUAUAACGCCUUGCACCCUCCUGAUAUUCGAAAACCAUUAA